ACAGUGUGCAAAUAGCGACUUCUUAAUGGCGGCCGUGAAUGUAUUGAAUAAGAUCUAAUGGCAAAACAAUGGCCUCAUAUAGAGAAUUAUUAAAGGAGAAGGAAGCCCAGAACUGGGUAAAGGCCGCCUUCGCCCUCAACAUCACCAAGGACGGAUUACAAGAUUUUCUGGAGGAUGUACUGACAUGCGUUCACCAGGACAUCUAUAGCGCCGUUAGAACAUCCAAGGGUCUUCCAUCCGGGGCAGCAUGUGCACAUUGUUUCACAGAAAACGUGUUGAUGUGCCCAACUCGUGGGAUAUGCACCAGUACUAGAAACUGUAGAUUUCAUAACUGUCCUCCAAAACGGUAUGCUCCUUGUCCAAAUGGGAUUUGUGAAGGCGUCCGUGAUGAAAUAAUCAAACAUCACAGGUUUUCGGGACCAUCAUGGAAGAAUACAAAUGCCGACAAAUGGAGCACCAUUCCCUGGGAGAUAGGCAAGUGUUUCCUGCCUCCUGAUGGCUACAAGACCGUGUCCUCCAUCAAAGACAGUGACUUUAACGGAAUGAUCAGCGUCAUGAUAAAUUGCGAGGAUUUCAAAACCAAACUGUCGUUUAACGUUGCGACACAGCAAAAUUUAUUAACAGAGGUUCGGGACAUUGGUCGAAGCGUACGUCAUUCCCAUGACCAGAGGGUCAAGGACACAGAACUAGUGGACUUCCUGUUCAAGCUACGCACCCUGCUGGAGGAUAAGACUGAACUAGCAAACCGACCCGAAGCACAACAUGCUGUGGAACAGCUUAAGAAGCUGCAAACAGACGAUUUCAAGAUCAGUGCUGAGAACGAAGGGGAGAUAGUGAAGGAAGGAUUACGACUACGUUUGGCAAACCAUUACCGAACCACUUUGGCCGACAUGCCGAUAUCUCCCAUUCUCGGAGAAAAGAACGCCAAACUCAGGAAAUUCUACGUGGCACCGAAAAUUGUGGAGAAAGAUCAUCGAAAAAUCGGCAAAAUUGAAAACCAAGAAAGCGGUCAAGAAAUUGCAAGCAAAAUUGAAAACCAAGAAAGCGGUCAAGAAAUUGCAAAAUUUUCAGAUGUUUUCAUAAAAGAAGAUCAGUUGCUCAGAAAUGUUUUCCUUGUUGGAGAACCGGGCAAUGGCAAAUCUACAUUCUCCGUAAUGUGUGCCCUGGAUUGGACUCACCAAUAUUUACCAGCGGAGGAAAACGUCGGUAUUAAAACAAGCUUUGCCGACCCAGAAUUCUUCAAAGAGUUUGCAUUUUUGUUCCAUGUCACCCUACGAGAUUCAUGUAAAACGUGUGAUCUAGCAGAAAUGAUCAAGGAUCAACUUAUACGUAAAAUCUACCACGAGAAGGAUGCCGAUGAUGGUUACCGGCUAUUACAGACGGUGCUGGAAAGUGAAACAUGUUUAAUCAUAGCUGACGGCCUCGACGAAUGGACCCAUCCGGAAAACGUAAACUGUACCUGCAAAACUGAGGAAAAAGUCACCCCUUUCCGAAAUUCGGCCAACAAGGCCACACUCCUCACGACAACGCGUCCCUGGCGAAUGUCACAGUUUAGAGUGCAGGAUUCAAAGAUCGACAAAUAUCUUGAAAUAGAAGGAGCAGCAGACACAGAGCAACUCGUGGAAAAUAUCAUCAACAUUCUUAAUGGGGGAAAUGAGGAUGAACGGAACAACAGAGGCUUUCAUGAAAUGGUAGUGCAGAGAUUCGUCUGUUGUAUUCAGCAACAAAACAGUCAACGCUUUGUUAAGCAGGGAGCAGUAGAGAGGCUUGAACUACGUCAGGACCUGAUUCUCUCCGGGAACCGUGAAGCCAGGGCGAACAACCAUGGUGACAUACCGCUCUAUCUCGCACACUUCUAUAUUGAUAGAUACGAGGAUGUCGUAGUGUUAAAAAAGCUGAUGAUGAUAAACAAGGAACGUAUUCAGUCACUAGACAUCGGUGAAUACAAUGAUCAAAUUAAUGGGGAAGAGCUGCAGGAGGUGAUCACAUCCUACUCCGACUCCCUCAAAGCAGUGACACUGGGGGAGCGUGAUGGGCAGUAUGACCUGUCCCAGUGUCACAGGCUGGAAUAUCUGCAUAUAGAGGGAGACAAUACAACACCCUCCAUCACCGAUAUUACACUUAGGUGGGGUACAAUGACAGCGGAGGCGGUGCGGAGUCUGAUAGAGACGAUGAAGAACAUACCACACACCAUUAGAUGCGACAUGUACCGCUGCACGGUGAAACCUGCCAGUGAGAUGAAAGACAUCCGAGAACAUAUGAACAGUUCGCCGUCAUUCGAGGUUCUCGAUAAUGCCCUACUUCAUACUGCGGCGACCACUCAGCAUGAGAUUAGCGUCCUAGCGCUGGAGGUAUUCCCAUAUCCGCCGUACUCACCUGACCUGGCCCCGUUUGACUUUGCUAUUUUCCCGGAGUUCAAGUCCCACCUCAAAGUUCUCCGAUUUAAAAGUUAA